AAUGGCCUGGAGCUGACUUCACCCAGGGAGGCUUCUUCACCCUGGAGCAAGAUUUAGUUCUUCUCUUCUAAUGGCCACCUCCUCCCCCUCACUGUUUGUGUGGGAAGCUUUUUUCGUUUCCCAAAUUGUAAAUUGAAGUCCUCCUCCAGACCUUGGGGAUAAGCUGCUUCUGACACUGUUUCCCAGUGUGGAAAAAAAAUGGCUUUUCUUGCAAGCAGUUGAUUCAGAGCUGCAGAAUAUACUGAAAGAACGGUGCCAGCCAACCUGCGCCCUGCUGAGGACCUCCAGCUGACCGUGUGGUACGUGGGAACCUGCUGGGACGUAUUUCAGGAGCUCUGGAAAGAAUGUGCCCUACUUUGGAUAUUUCUGCAUUGAAUGUCUAAGGAGCUCCAGCUAAUCCUGAGCCAUGUCGCAGAUGUUGCACAUAGAAAUUCCCAACUUCGGGAACACUGUCUUGGGCUGCCUGAAUGAGCAGAGGCUUCUGGGGCUCUACUGUGAUGUCUCCAUAGUCGUCAAAGGCCAAGUCUUUAAGGCGCACCGUGCAGUCCUGGCAGCCAGCAGCCUGUACUUCAGAGACUUGUUUAGCGGGAACAGCAAAAAUGCAUUUGAGCUCCCAGGUACCGUGCCACCAGCCUGCUUCCAGCAAAUCCUCUCCUUUUGUUACACCGGGAAGCUCACCAUGGCUGCCAGCGAACAGCUUGUCGUGAUGUACACGGCAGGCUUCCUACAGAUCCAACACAUCGUGGAAAAAGGGACAGAUUUAAUGUUCAAAGUGAGCUCUCCCCACUGUGACUCUCAGACCACCAUGAUAGAAGACCCCAGUUCGGAGCCGCAGAGCCCGUGUAACCAAUUGCAGUCUGCUUCUGCGCCCUAUGUCAUGUCCCCCUCCAUGCCCAUUCCGCUCCUCACACGGGUGAAACAUGAAAAUCUCGAGCUGCAGCCCUCCGCUCUGUCAGGCCUCCCCACCAAGCGAUCCUUGGAGGCCGGUACCCGGGACAGUACAGGAGGGAGUAUCUCGAACACUGGGCCCCUCAAGUUAUCUCGUGUCUCCUACUAUGGAAUGCCCAAUUUAGCGACUCUCAUCCCCAACGUGCAGCAAGUGCAGUACUCCCAGGGGGAGCGGACGAGCCCCGGUGCCAGCAGCAUUCCCACUACAGAUAGUCCGACUUCCUACCACAAUGAGGAAGAGGAUGAAGACGACGAGGCAUAUGACACCAUGGUGGAAGAGCAGUAUGGGCAGAUGUAUAUCAAAUCCUCAGGAGGAUAUUCUGUAGCUCAAGAAAAGCCAGAGCAGAUUCCACUAGAGAAUCGUUCCUGCGUGCUCAUUCGACGUGACUUAGUUGCUCUCCCAGCCAGUCUGAUCAGUCAGAUUGGAUAUCGGUGCCACCCCAAACUCUACUCGGAGGGAGAUCCGGGAGAAAAACUCGAACUUGUUGCAGGGUCAGGUGUUUAUAUCACCCGAGGGCAGCUGAUGAACUGUCAUCUGUGUGCAGGUGUCAAACAUAAGGUUCUGCUGAGACGUCUCCUAGCCACUUUCUUUGAUCGGAACACGCUUGCCAAUAGCUGCGGCACUGGAAUCCGGUCCUCCACUAGUGAUCCCAGCAGGAAGCCCCUGGACAGCAGGGUUCUUAAUGCAGUGAAAUUGUAUUGCCAGAAUUUUGCCCCAAGCUUUAAGGAAAGUGAGAUGAAUGUUAUUGCCGCGGAUAUGUGUACCAACGCCCGACGAGUGCGCAAGCGCUGGCUUCCGAAGAUUAAAUCCAUGUUGCCCGAGGGGAUGGAGAUGUACCGCACGGUCAUGGGCUCCACAACAAACAGCGUUCCCUUGGAUCCAGAGUUCCAGUCUCCCACGGCUCAAGUCUUUGAGCAGCGAAUCUAUGCAGAGAGGAGGAGUGAUUCAGGAACGAUAGUAGCUUUGAGAACUAACACAGUCAAUGUAGAUCUAAGCAAUGGAUCCAACCAGUCAUUUGAACAGAGUGAGGAUGCGGAAGGAGCUGGCUCCGUCAUACAGGAGGCAGCUGGCACAGAUGCCAUGGCAUCAGAAACCCAAAGCACUCCACAACCUUUCGAACAAGGUUCUGGUUCCGCUAGCCGGCCAGAAACUCCCGUGAGAAGACAAGAUGGUACUUAUGGAGGGACUUUAUAAAAAGAGAGAAAACGUUUUGUGACCUAUAAGGGAUCUGUAAUACUAAAGCUGCUUGCAUGCAUUACUAAUACAAAAAAAUGUGAUCAAGCCACUUACCUACUGAACUGCUACUGUUGCCUGAAAAAAAUGUGAUUUUUAUUCUGCUUGUAUUUAAAAUUUAUGAAGGAAAUAAUCGCAUUCGUUAUACUGUAAAUGACUAGGUCUAUGGUGACCUACUUAAAACUAUUGGGCUUCUUUUUUUGAUAUUCCUGAGGUUAGUCUAUAAGACUGUAGCUUUUUUUUAUUUUUUUUUUCCUUAAAAGAAGGGGAGGAAAAAAGCUAGACAUCUCCCCCCCCACCACCACCAUAUCAUCACCCUAUGCAUUAUUCAACUCAGAAGUAAAGCCAUCAUUAACUUCUUCCUCUAAAGAAAGUUUUACCGUCACUUAACAGGAAAGCAGGAUACGUUAGGGUAGACGUAGUCUGACUGGAGUCAUUUUUAUUUGCGAGAAUGGCUCUGGCAAGGUGGGGUGGGGGCGGGUAUUGCUAAACACUUCAAUGAUCAGAGAACAGAUCCUUAACAUUAGUGUUGCUAAGCAUGAUGCUGUAACUAAGGUCUAAGGGCUCUUCAGUGUCUGUCCACUGAUUUCUUUUUUUUUUUUAUUUUUUUCAGUUGCAGGACGGAGUGGCCACAUCUUUUAUUUGAUAUGUGAUAUAUGCAGGGAGGACUGCAUGGUCAUUGCAGAUGAGACCCUGAGCUUACAUUUUCCCUGCAGUGUGUAACUGUUGGGUUUGGGGUUUUUUUCUCCCAGAGCCAUUCCUUUUCAUUUCCCCCUCAUUCUCCUGCUAGCACAAGCUGUAGCCUGAUACUACCAGCUUCUUAACUGAACCAUUUCCUAUGACCUUAUUUCUGAUUGCCACCUCCUUUACCUUGUGGCAGUGACGAGAGCAAACAGUCCACCUCUUUCAUAGGCUAAUAGACUUUAAUCAUUGACUCAAUCCAAUCAUUGAGUCAGAUUGUAACCGUUUCAGAGAGAAACUUUAAUGCACCAUUGGGAGAACAUAUUUGUAUAUAAUGUUGUUUUGUUUUUUUUCCUUAAAAAACUUAAAGGUGAAGGUCGUAGGGGGUGGAAUGAUAGUUGGAAGCAAAAACGUAACCGGCAGGUGGAGCAAGCCUCACUGCGAUUCUGCUGUACUUAACAGUAAUGGUUUGAAUGAGCAUGGCUUCCAGUGAUGUACUUGUUAAAUGCCUUGGAUUGAGGGAGCAAUAGGAUUUAACUUCUAGGCAAGUACUUGAUGGAAGGGGCAUCCAUCACAUCCUCCCUCCGAUUGAGGUGCUUGUAAGACCAGAAGAUAACGAUUUCCCCCCCACACACGCACACACGCACGCGUGUGCUACUGUAACUUAAUUUUUUUAAUUUAACAUCCUGAUUAAGGCACAGGUUUGAGGGGCCCUGCAGGAGUGAAAAAUCUGUCAUCACUUCCAGGAAACUCACUGUUGACUUGGGGUCCACAGAGUUGCACAGUACAGCACAGCUGCCAGUUUUCAGGAAACAAAAGUCAUUCUCCUAUAUAACUGACAGCAGCCACCAAGCACUGUCCCUCUUAAAGAACAGCGAGUUUUGUGCCAAGCAGACUAGAUCUGUUGGAAAUAGUAACUCUCCUUCCAGCUGUGGAAGCCUGUUGAGGCAUCUGCCUAAAUCAGACCGGCCUAGGCUGAAACACCUCAAUAGCUCUGUAGUCUAGACCAGUCUCCUAUAGUCUGCUCUUAAUUUUUAACAGUUGAAAGUGUAAUAGAAGAGAAAAACACCAGAUUUAUAUUUAUUGCUUUUUGGCUUUCUCCUUCUUCCAUGAAGUACUUUGCCUUCCAACAUGCCUUCAUGGAAAAGGGAGGGGUGAAAUAUUUGUUCUUUUGACGUCCUUCGCGGUGCAUUUGGUGACACUUUGCCUUCUCGGUUCCGUGCCUAUCGAGACACUGAGGCACGCAUUAUUAUUAUGCAAUAACACACACUGUGUCGUGUCCGACUGUUAGAGCCAUGCGUUCAGUGAAGGGGUGGCUGGUACGUGUGCAGAUAGAUGUGCAAGUCGUAGCGAAAGUUUGUCCAGCUGAGUGGGACGUGUGCGCUCACACUCUCUGCGUGUCGACUUCUCGUGAGGGCUUUCAUUUUGGAAACCUUAGUUCAGGAAUUCCCCAAAGUGACAGUAAACCUUUCCUAACGGUAGCAAUGCUACCCCAGGACUUCCGGGGACGUAUUGGGUACAAAGCAUGGCACGCUGUUCACAGGUCACGCUUCUCCAUUAUCGUGCUUCUUCCUUAAGUCCCAUUAUUCAGUUUGUACUACUUGCAGAGGUGUGAGAGGUUUGCAGGGUUUUGCUGGUGGGAGUCAGGGGCUCUGCGCGUGCUGUGAGCCAACACAAAGACAAUGGUGUACGGGGAAAAAAGGGAAAUACCAGGUGCUCGCUGGUAUGAAGCAGAUGCUUGGUAGUGUCGAGCUUGGAAUGCCUUUAAGUUUCGGGGAAAGUGAUGUGAAAGCCAAAUACGGCUGGUUUUGGUUUUGGUUGGUUUGUUUUACUGUGACUAAAAUGCCUAUUUUAAAUUAUCACUUACAAUUUUCUUAUGAAGAUGAAGUUUUGAAACUAUGAACAAGUGCAAAGUGCACAGUUAGUCACUCGCUAGUGAUACUGGUGACUAUUUAUUUUGGGGUGGGGUUUUUUUUUUUGUUUCUUGGGUUUUUUUGGUUACUGUGUUCACGGACAGUGCUUUGCUCAGGGUUUUGCUCCCCUCUUGGUCUUCAAGGAGUAUAAGGGUGACCCAGCCUUUGGCCAUUUGUUGAGGGUUUUUCAUUGUUGUGGCUGUGGUUUCUUCUAGACGUGAAGCUGUGAUUGCAUCUAAAUAGCAAAGCUCUCCAACACUGAGUGUGUUCCAGCCUCCUUCUCUGUUUGCUGUGAGUAAAAUACACUGCUUGGGUUAUUUCUGCCUUCCAUCUUGCAUAGCUCUGAGCUCUGCAUGGAUUGAACCAGGCCAGAUAGCAGAGUUGGGUAGUCUGUCCUCCCCGCUCACCUGGAUCGAUGCCCUGUACACCUAUGCAAAGUUGUGGGGCUGGGGGGGGCAGGGUGGGUGAAGAGCUGCAUCCACAGGGCCGAUGAUAUUCUUCAUGUGCAUUUGCGUUUUGAAGCGAUGGGCUGUAUUUGCACUUUGCCCAUUUCUUGUGAAUGAAACUUUUCUCUCGCUGUUUGUAGUGUCCAUUCUUGACUAACCGAGUGCCCAGAGCUUGCCCCGUGUUCUGUUUGCGUGGCUUGUCCGCGUGGCUGGCAGAAUACCACGGGGCAUACGCACUUUCUGAGCUUCAUAGUAGAUGGGUGCUUGGGUACCACGUGCCAGGAUAUGGCCCUAAGAGUAUAUCUUACUAAAGGAACUAUAGGGGACCAUAGAGCUAGGCAUGCAUUGGGCUGCCUUUUCUUUUCCUUUUUUUUGUUCCAAAGAGUUUGAGUGGUCCAGUUCUUUAGCCGUAUAACCAUAACACCCAGGUAAAUGUCUACAUGGAAAUUACAUCUCAGUUAGACAGACCAAACCCUCUGGUGAGCGAGGGCUCACUGGGUCAGCGCCGUUCCUGAGGAACAGCUGCAUUUGCCGCACAUCCUCCGGCGACUUGGCUAAGUCCAAGACUGAAGGAGCUAGGGCAUGGGG